AUGGCGAGCAUUCUCUUCUCCCUCCAGCGAGGAUGCAGACCCGGACUUGCGCAUGCAUUCGCUCGUAGAGCAUGUAUGCGGCGGGAGAUUCACCAGACUCCCAUAGCCUUCAAGAAGCAAAAGGCACACAUCCCGGAACAGGGUGACCUUUUCGGUGGUUCUCAGGAGGGCGAGUCUUCGGAGGACCUCUUCUCGCCAAGCAAGGAUGUAGCGGAAGAGGUUGUUGCAAUACCUUCCGCUCCGCUCGAGGCUGUCACGCCUUCGCGUACGAUGGACCCGGAGGAACGCCGAAAACGCUUCAACGAUCUGCUGAAGUUCGUGGCACUGAGGAUAGGCCGCCAACCAAAGGAGAUACUACCUCCGGUACGCAAUACGGCGUGGCAACACCUGUUUGCGCUCGCGACGACGAAGGAGCAGAUGGCGGCGGUCGUCCAGCUGUUCCCAAAGUGGAGAGACUCGAAGCCGAGGCGUACGUUCACUGUAAAUAACGCAGAGCAGUUUGUUUACCGCUGCGAGCAACUGAAGUGCCCCGACCUCGCCCUCCAAGUUUUCGCUGACCACCCAAAAUAUGGCUUCGACCUCGCCUCGCCCCGCGCCGCCCGAAAGCUCCUGCAUGCUCUGCACGAAGAGUACCCCCUGCAGGCCACCAUCACCCUCGCCGCGCUCUUCGGCGUGUAUAAGCUCCCGCCCAUCUCUUCUGACCUCGUUACUUGCGCGAUGUUCACCGCCGCGUGCUUAAAACACCGUACAUCACAAUCGCUCACUGUCGCACGCGAGAUGGUCCCUCAGUUGAAGGAGCUCCUGACGAACACCGACCCGAAGGAGAUGGAGGUCCCGAAGGACGCGCGGGAAUAUAUGAAGGGGGAGACAAAUGAGAAGCGCUGGGUUGCGCGUAGUUUGGCUGCCGUGGAGCAGGCGCUGGGCAAGGAGAAGGCGCUGGGCAAGAAGGGCGACUACAGUUGGCUCAGUCAGUGGCGGCAAGAAAGCGGGCACGCAGAGGCCGUGUCACCAUGA